UACACCAGGCGGAAGCAUUUCCUUGCCCUCAAGCAACAGUUCCUGGAGGAAGGAGCUCAUGCUUACAUAUUAUUCCCGGCCAAGCUCAAGGUUGUGCACAAUGGGAAAACUUACAUCUUCAAAGACAGCAGAUCUGCAGCCCAGCUGCUGGAUAGAAUCCGCCAAGAAAAGAUGACUGUGACUUUGAUCCGCAACAGGCUGGGGCUGCUGGUCCUUGGAGUCCUUGUCACCUUUGUCCUCUACCUCUUGCUCCCUGCUAUUCAACACGAAAGAUUUACUGCCUCUGUCGACAUCCCUAAGCCACGAGCGAUGGAAGAAGAGACAAAGAAAAGUCAAGGCACUGGCAAUAUCACCAUCUUGACAGGCAGAGUCCUGCAAAACCCAUCUGUUUUCUUUAGGGAAGCUGUAUCAGUACAGAAAGAUGGGGUUCUUUCCUCUGAAAGGCUGGCAGUGAUCUUCCUGCAUGGUCAGUCCUUCACUUCCAGGACAUGGGAGGAAUUGGGAACACUGGCUUUGCUGUCUGAGAGUGGAUAUCGUGCAGUAGCUAUUGAUUUGCCAGGUUAUGGGGACUCUCCACGUUCCCCUGCUGUUGAGACAGCAGCAGGCCGCGUUGCUUUUUUGCAUCAAAUCUUUAAGGAGCUGGGCCUUCAGAAGCCUGUAUUAAUAAGCUCUUCCAUGAGUGGCCACUAUUCCAUUCCAUUUCUCCUGACAAACGGGGAGCAGCUAAGGGGAUUUGUGCCUAUUGCACCAGUGGGCACCAAGGAGUUUACUACUCAGCAGUAUCAGCAAGUCAAGACUCCAACUUUGAUCAUCUAUGGAGAACGUGACACUGGUCUGGGCACACAGUCUCUUCAGAGCCUUCAACAGAUCCCCAAAUCUAACGUUGUCAUGCUGCCUGGAGCUGGCCAUGCCUGUUACCUUGAUAAACCUCAGGAGUUUCACAAAGCUCUCCUGAACUUCCUGAGUGAGCUAAAAUGACUGUGAUGUCCUCUCUCAUUUGCCCUACCCUGCCUUCCUCUACUUGAUAAAGACUUAUGACUAAAUUUCUGCCAUGUAACCUGGGUACUGUGUGUUUGAAUUUGUUUCUCCAUAUUUAAAGGGCUUAUAGGACUUGCUGACUCUUGAUGGGAAGAGCUUCUCACUGUUUGUUCACGGGGCUGCUUCUGUUAUGUCUGCUCCAGGCCUGACUUCCUGAAUUCUGCAGUCUGGCAGCAAUAUUGGAUCAAAUGUAUUUGCAGAAGGGACCACAUCUUUUUCAGUCUGUUUGUUGCAACAAAAUCUGGAAGACUUGAUUUGCACAUUGCUGUCAGCCUUUUGCCCCAUUUAAGAGCUAAUCCCUUUGGAUGAAGAUGCAACUUCAGUUUCAGUUUCUUCUUUUAGGAGCACAAUCCACUGAUGUUAAUGGCACAUCUCCAUUGUUAGCUGACUACUUUGACUGGUGGGCACACUUCCUGUUCUAAGGAUCAAGUGCUUCCUAGAUGCUUGUCGCUUUAUUUCUCCUCUCUUUCUUGGGAGGGGUCUCCUGAAACUUGUCACCCAGGAAAGGAGAUGAAGUAAGUCACUGUACUGAAUUAGAGUACCCCAGUAAGACAGAGUGUUUGGCCUUGUUUAGAAGAUCUGAACAUCAGCAGAUCUGGGUAGGAUAAUAAUGUUUUGAUUUGACCAGCAGGCUUCUAGGGCAAGCUUUAAGGAAAUCCUCCCCACCCUGCAAAUCUGUUUAAAUAUUUCUUUUUUCUUUACCUUUGGUGAUAACUAUAAUGCCAUGGUGUUCCCUGCUGUAAGAAAAGUGGCUGUAUGUUGGUGUUUUAUUUUGUUAGCAAGAGUGAUGCAACAAGGUUUCCAGGGAGUGCAGUCCAUGUUGUGGUAGGGGAUGGUUGCUCCUGCCCAGUAGGUCAUAAGCUAUCUAUUUUUGUGUGUGUUGCAAAACUGUUCAAGGGUUAAUAAAUAAUUUGUACAGAACUUGUGGGGUGUAUGUUUAUAUACAUGUCUGUGAUACAGGAGGGAGUUGGGAGGCCUUUCCCGUGAAAGCACACAGGUACUUGUCUGCCAGUUGACAAUAAAGAUGGAUAGCUUUCAUGAGGAUAUCCUGGGUAUGGGAGUAAGCUUCCUUUCGGGUCAUCCAUGUGGGCAAAUGUGGUUUGAUCUCUUUCUAGGUCUAUUAACGUGCCACAUCUAACUAAGGCAUUGUUUAACCUGUGAUGACUAUUUUAACAUUGUUAUUAGGGCUGAAAUCAUACUAUUAGUCUGGACAAAGUAGACCCAUUGAAUCAGUGGGAUUUAUUUAUGUGUUCACUCAACAUUCACCAAUUGAUUCAAUACAUCUACUCUAGCUAGGACUAACCAACAAGAUUCAGACUCAGGUAACCUACCUUUGGCCAAAAUGUGAAAGUAUAAUAUGCUAACCACACACAAGAUAAGACCCUUUGUGGUUCUUGAGCAUUAUUACCUGGCCCUGUCAAGCAUGUUCUUCUCACUCUCUAGUGCUGUAGACAUGCAUUUCAUGUUAUUAAAUUCCUCUUCAAACAUGU